CAGGCUAGAAUCACAUCUGUUUUCCAGCCUCUGCCGUCUCACAGAGGAGUACCUGGGAGAAGAACGAAUUCUGGCCAGGCAGAUCAGGAAGAGCUAUGAUUUAUACUCAGAUUUGUUUUGAGGACUGACCAGAAUCCAUGAUUUCAGAAACCAAGAUUCUCAGCGUAUGCCUAAACGAACAUCAAAGUCAGAAUAAAGUUGGCAUCCCCUCCAUGGAACUGGCACACAUUUGAAAAGGAUUCUGAAGAUUAGGCCAAAUGUGAAGUCCUUUCCUGGGAGUGGCCCUAUUCAUUUUAUUCUCUAGCCAAAGUAGGAAGAGUGUGAGAAGGAGAGAGAGAGACAUUCAGCAGCCAAGGAGUCACUAAAAGAGCAGAGCACCACAGACAAUAUGCUCCUCUUGGGACCCAAGAUGCUGCUGUUUCUCACUGCACUCAUCAUCCCCUCUGACUGGAUAACCCUCGGGGUCAGUGCUCAGCGAGGAGACGAUGUAACUCAAGUGACUCAAGAAACAUUCACAGAAGAUCCUAAUCUGGUAAAUGAUCCCUCUACAGAUGAAACAGUUCUGGCUGAUAUCGAGCCUUCCACAGAUGACCUGGCUUCACCCAAUGAUAAAAACACCACCGCAGAGUGCCGGGAUGAGAAAUUUCCUUGCACAAGACUCUACUCUGUGCAUCGGCCAGUCAAGCGAUGCGUUCAUCAGUUAUGCUUCACCAGUUUGCAACGAACGUACAUCAUCAACAAGGAGAUCUGUUCUCGCCUUGUCUGUAAGGAACAUGAGGUUAUGAAAGAUGAGCUUUGCCGGCAGAUGGCUGGUCUGCCCCCACGGCGACUCCGACGCUCCAACUACUUCCGACUUCCUCCCUGUGAAAAUGUGGAUUUGCAGAGACCCAGUGGUCUGUGAUCCCCAAGCAAGAGCAAAGGAUGCAUGUAUGGGUGGGAGAAAGGGAACGUUCUAGGAGGAGGGAGUUCUUUCUUGCCCAGGUGACACUGUCACCUAACCCGUAGACAUUAGUAUUUCUUAACCCAAUCCUUUUUCAAUGUUCAGCUUUUGCCCCCACUCCUUGAUUUUUGACUGAGACUGAUAACAUUUAUCUCACUUUUUUUUCUGUACUUAAAAUACAAAAAUCUGUAUUAUUGAAUGUU